AUGGGGGGGGGGGGGGGGGGGGGGGGGGGGGGGGGGGGGGGGGGGGGGGGGGGGGGGGGGGGGGGGGGGGGGGGGGGGGGGGGGGGGGGGGGGGGGGGGGGGGGGGGGGGGGGGGGGGGGGGGGGGGGGGGGGGGGGGGGGGGGGGGGGGGGGGUGGGGGGGGGGGGGGGGGGGGGGGGGGGGGGGGGGGGGGGGGGGGGGGGGGGGGGGGGGGGGGGGGGGGGGGGGGGGGGGGGGGGGGGGGGGGGGGGGGGGGGGGGGGGGGGGGGGGGGGGGGGGGGGGGGGGGGGGGGGGGGGGGGGGGGGGGGGGGGGGGGUGGGGGGGGGGGGGGGGGGGGGGGUGUCAAGGGCGAAGGCUGCUCCAACGACGUCAACGGACACAGAUAUCCAUGGACAAGCAGACCUCAAAUGCCGCUUCAGGACAUGGACAAGUGCUGA